AUGGUCCACCCCACUACCACCUGCUGCAAGACCAGCCAAGAUGGCUCCUGCGUCUGUGCGGCCCAGGCCAAGUGCUCCUGCGGCCAACAGUCCGCCCUCCACUGCAGCUGCAACAAGGCUUCUUCCGAGAAUACCGUGUCGGGUCCCCGCUGCUCAUGCCGUAUGUGGUUCCACUACUCUGAUAAUCUUGAAGAAACAUACGGAGUAUAUAUUAACAUAAUCAAAACAGGCUCUCGCCCAGCUGGCCAAUGCACCUGUGAGCGCUCCGUCACUGAGAACAAGCCUAUCGCUGGUGAGACCUGUGCCUGUGGCAGCCGUCCUCAGGCUUCUUGCACUUGUGAGAGGGCUGCUGCUGUUGAUUCCGCCCUCGAGGUUGACUUCACUGGCACUGCUUAA